UCAGCAACACUGAUUCUAAUGCUCGCUUUCUUCCAGGACUGAUCGCAUUGCAGACCCAUCCCACUCUCUCUCUCUCUUUCUCUCUCUCUCUCUCGCUCUCUCUCUCUCUCUCUAUCUUACACUCUGUUUCCCCGUGUCUCUCUCUUCCUUGUACUUGUACAAGCGUGUAGAGCUGGAAAGGAGGAAAAAGACCCUCGCUCUCUUUCUCUCACUCUCUUGCUCUUGCUCUCUCUUUCGCUUUCUCUCUAUCUUUGUGUCCUGCGGUGGGAUAAGCUGUGAGAGGAUGAGCCCCUGAUCCAGCGCUGGACCCGAGUGACCUGACAGCUCAAACUAAUCUUAUCCAGACAAGGCGAAGUUCUGUGAGCUGAAAUCCAGUUUCGGGAAGCAGUGGAGAACAUCCAGUCUUCACAGUGAAACAUUUCUGAUCUGGUUGAUCAGACACCGUUACUUGCUACGUUCAGAGUGGGCCUUCUCUCCUCAGAGUCAGAGAGCUGUGUGGCAGCAGUGAGUGUUCAUCACCGUUCAGCCACAGGCAGCUGUACAUGGAGACCCCCAGCUGGGCAGAAUCGAAACCAGGAAACGGGUUGUGUAAAACCGGAAACAUUGCUCUCUUUGGAAACGUAGUGUACAGUGGGUUGCUGAACGAUCACUUCUGGCAUUUCGGGGUUCCCCUUGUCACAAGACUGGGUAACCAGGAGGCACCAGCCCCUCCAGAGGCCAUGGCACAGCCGUAUGCCCCGGCGCAAUACCCCCCUCCCCCACCUCAGAAUGGGCUACCUGGCGAGUAUGCCCACCCCGGGCAGGAGUACACAGGGCCAAACCCGGUGCCUGAGCAUGCAGCUGCCCUCACCAUCUAUACAACUACACAGACACACAGUGAUCCAACCGGUACUGAGAACAACACGUCCUCCCUCACAGCACCCAGCAACGUACCAGCAGAUGAUGUGGUGCAGACAGAGGGCUCCCAGCAGCUCCAGCUCCAGCCCUCAGACUCUUCGGAGAAACAGCAGCCCAAGCGGUUACAUGUCUCCAACAUUCCAUUCCGCUUCCGUGACCCGGACCUCCGGCAAAUGUUCGGGCAAUUUGGGAAAAUUUUAGAUGUGGAAAUUAUUUUUAACGAGCGGGGCUCUAAGGGCUUUGGUUUUGUAACUUUUGAAACAAGUGCAGAUGCAGACCGUGCCAGGGAGAAACUAAAUGGUACAAUCGUAGAGGGACGCAAAAUUGAGGUAAAUAAUGCAACAGCACGAGUAAUGACAAACAAAAAAGUGGCUAACCCCUACACAAAUGGCUGGAAGCUGAACCCAGUAGUGGGAGCUGUCUAUGGUCCUGAAUUUUAUGCAGUCACAGGCUUCCCAUACCCUACUACAGGGGCAACAGUGGCAUAUAGAGGUGCCCACUUGAGAGGCCGGGGUCGUGCAGUCUACAACACGUUCCGUGCUGCGCCUCCACCUCCUCCCAUCCCUGCUUACGGAGCUGUGGUUUACCAAGAUGGCUUCUAUGGUGCUGAGAUCUAUGGUGGCUAUGCGGCAUACAGGUAUGCCCAACCAGCCGCAGCAGCUGCAGCAGCUUACAGUGACAGCUAUGGCAGAGUCUAUGCAACAGCAGACCCUUAUCACCACACGAUUGGACCUGCAGCCACAUACAGUGUGGGCACUAUGUAAAUAAAAGAGAAAAAGAGGGAUCAUAGAAGAGGCGGACAUCGGCUAAAUAGUGGACGACAAGAAGGAUUAAGGUGGCGAUACAAAACAAAACAUAUAAAAAUACAAAAACACAUAAAAAGAAGGAUCCCUUCAACCAAGGCUGUGAGUUGGAGGCAUCAUAUCUUGAUGGAGACAUGAAUGACAGCCAAGCUGUGAAGCGGAGGAAGAAUUAGCCUUCACCUGUGACAGCCUGGCUGGGUGGAGGACGAGACAAGAGCUCAUCAUAAAAACUUUUUUUAUUUUUCUAAACUUUUUUAAGUUUGUGAUCUCAAAAAGAGUAAAAGAUGAGUGUAUAUAUAUAAAUAUAUAUAAAUCUAUAUAGCGAUAUAUGUAUGUAUAAAUAUGUUAGAAAAUGUUACAAAAAACUCAGCAGAGGUAAACGAUGCAUGAAUGCAGCGCUGUUGGAGAGGGGGGUUGAGGGGACAUGGUUGUUUCCUCACCCCCUCCUCCUUUUGCAGACUAGCUUAUCCUGCCCUUAAGACUGGUUGGAGGGAAAAGGGUAAGACAAGUGGGCUGCAACCUCUUUAGACACAAGUCUGGCAGCCUGGCUUCGUCUAGGGCUCCAGUGUGUGGUAGGCCUGAGUCUUCCAUCACUGACCUUCUGCUAUGGGUCAGAAGUGACAGCUAAUGCCUCGGUGGACAAAGGCUAAGUUCCUGUUGAACAGCAUUACAUCCCAGAGAGAAAGGUCAAGGGCCUUUAGUCAUUGAUGUAGGCCUGAAAAAGAAGCUUUUAUUCACUCCUUCGCCCUCCAUUUCUCCUAAAUGUCAGUAUCGUUGGCUUAAAGCAGUUUUAUAAACUUGACAUGAAUUUGAAAAGAAAUCAUUUUUAAUUUGAAUUUUGCAAAUAUAGAUCCACUGUACUGUAAUUAUGUUUCAUGCCAAUGUCAAGAGAUGAUACUUUUAAAAGACUUUAAAGUUUGUUAAGAUCUUGUAAUAUUAUAAUUUAAAUAGGAGAGGCAGGUCGAGUCAAGAAACUGUAAAUAUACCACCAAAAGCCUGUCCAUGAAGAAAAAAAAAAAGAGUGCAAGAGAUGUCUUUGAGGUCGUUCCCAUGCAGCGUGUGAUAAAUUGUCAUUAUGAAUACUUUAAUGGUUAUGGUUAAGUGUGGCAAUAGCCAAAGCUACACGACCAUCUAAUGACCAUCUCCAUUCCUAAAUGAGAAGAUAGAGUUCAUACAGGCAUUCAUGCUGUCUGACAACCCUCUGUUUUCAGUAGCACAAUGUGUAAAGGCCCAGUGAAGAAAAAUGGGCGCACUGAGACAUACAAGGCUGUGUGUGUGUGUGUGUGUGUGUGUGUGUGUGUGUGUGUGUGUGUGUGUGUGUGUGUGUGUGAUAUAGUGUGUCGGCCUGGAAUGGUCACAGUGGAGUAAGUGGGAAAUGGAAAAGUGGAAAGGGGCUUCACUGAUUCGUGGCCCCAAUGCUACCAAAAAGCAUUACAUUGUAGUGUUGUUGUGGAGGUGGCCAUGUUGUGUAGUAAACCACUUUUGUACAUGGUGUCAGGGGGCUACAAAUUAAGACAAUUGGAGCUGUCUGCUUUGUAUUGUCACAGGAGUUUGGCCAUCCAUCUUGAAAAUAGGCUCUUGCCUGCUAUAAUGUGGGAAACAAAGUGAGAUGGGCGGUAGUUUUAGUCAAAGGGUUGCAAGCGAAAUUUUACUAAAGUCUGUUACCUUUCUACUUCUACUGAGCUCCACUUUAGUGAUAUCCAUAUAUAGUUAAACAUUGUACUAAUAACAUGCUGCUGAGCAUGGUUCAAAUGUCAAUUGUAGCCAUUUACUAAUGUUGUAUUAUUGUAUUACAAGUAUGGAGAAAAAAAAACAUUUCUAUAUGAAUAUAUCUAUUUGUGACUUUGCGACCCUUCAAACAAUGAUUUUAUUUCUUGUUUUCAAUGGUGGUUCAGGUUUUGCACUGUUAGUGUACUGAGAGAUUUUUACCUUGGUGGCAUUUCUCUGUCUGUCUGAUUCUUUGUUUCAGCUAUUGAAUGUACUUCAAACUCUUGAACUUUUUAGGUAUAUGUCCUUAUUUUUUAAGUAGUACUUUGUAAAUGUAUGUACAUGGUCUAGCUAGUCUCUGUUCUGGUACUGGACCUGAGUUCUAAUGGAGAUGUCUGUGUUGACUACUGUUAUAUGAUUAAAAAAAAAUAAUAAUAAUAAUAACGGAGCACUCCAGGACAGUGUGAUCAGUCAGAAUUGGUUCACUAAUGUGCUUCAAGAAAAGGAACAAUGUGCUGAGGUUAAUAAGAAAACAGUCAAAUGUUUUUGUUGAUGCAAAAUGUGAAAACUUACUUACAUGCAAAAGCUUCCUGUUAUGAUGUAUUACUCUAUAUGUGAAAUUAAAACAUGAAAAUGUUUUUUUUAUGUGACAUGCAAAUCAGACAUGCUGAUUUUCCCGGAUUUUGGUUCAGACAAAGAAUGGUACAUUUAUUAGUGUGUAGGUAAGCCUCUUCUCCAGAUGCCAUUUCCAAGCUUUGCAAAAUCAUGAGCUUCCUUGGACUCAGGUGUUAUGUCAAGACAGAACUUACACGUUCCACACCAUGAAAAUAUAACUCCUCUUCGCUGCAUUUUUGCUUUCAGAACAAUACUUUAUUUUCUAUCAAGCUGGCAACUCGUAUCUCAGUGAUUGUAAUACAUUAAAGGUAACUAUACACUGGGCAAUGGAGGCACUUGUUCGCCUGUUAGAGGAGAGUUAUGGAGCAUCAGCAUGUAUCAGCAGUGGCGGAUGGGAGCUAACCGUCAAGACAAGCUGUUUCAGGGACAUUAAAUCCGACUGGACGAUUCUGUACUGAAAGAGACUGUAACUGAACAAAGUAACAAAAGAUGUCAAUUUCACAGAGAUCCAAGACCUCUGGAUUUAUUUCUUUGCUUUUGUCUGUAUGACAUAUAUCUUGUUUACAUGUCCUGGUUUUAGACCGCUGUAAGGUGUGUAUCAGCCCUUGCACUGUAUCUCUUGGCUUGUUGUCUUCACCCUGUGCUCUUGCUCCUUCCUUGAAGUCUGAAGACAUGUCCACCUAAGCACCAAAGUCAGCUCACCCUGUCUUCCUUAACCCAAAGCCAAAAGGCAAUGCAAACUCUAGUGUGCUCAUACUCCUCCCUUUAGCUUAAGCUGAAAUGAAACUUGUGCUUUUCUAACAUUCUCUUCAUCCAAAAUUUGUCUUCCUACCAGGCCCAAGCGCAGUUAUGCAGACAACUUUGUCAAACUCAGAUUGAUGAAGGAAACCAAUCUUUAUAAACACAAACCUAAAUCUAGUUCAGCAGUCACACACCCUCUCCACAAUCUGCAGCCAUGUGUGUCUUCACCAGUUCCCUAAGCACAAAGGUUUGAAUGGGGUGUGAGAAGGCCAUCUCAGUGAAAGAGUAUCCAUGAAUCCAUCCCUUCCAUUCAUCUGUCAGUCCAUCCUGUGUCUAUGUGCUUCCAGCCCCUUUAUUUUCUACAAAUGUACAAAUUCUCCUUCUACUGUCAGCUCAAUACAAAAUGUGUUAUAUUUAAAAAAAAAAAAAAAAAAAAAACAGUGUUCUUAUUGUGCUACACUGGCUCAAUGUAACAACAAAGCUAUUUUUAAUAUUUUCAGGUUAUUUUCUUCAUAAAUAUUUUGCAGUUGUUCCAAAUAAGUACAAGUUUAGAAAAAUAAGCAGAAAAAUCAAUAUUGAAAAUGAAAAGACUGUUCAGGUCUAACUUUGCAUUUGAGUUGUUCUCUUUCUGUAUGCUUCCAAUGUGCUUCAG